AUGGCAAAGAUCGAUGUGCACCAUCAUUUCUACCCCCCGGCCAUGCGUCAAGCCUUGGACCGCGCGGGAGACCAGGACAUGGCACGGCAGAUGAAGGUGACCACCACCAUUCUCUCUGUCACUGCACCGGGGCCAGGAAUCGAGCCUGAUGCUGCUAAAGCUGCUGCCCUGGCGCGCAGCUGCAAUGAAUCUGCCGCCGCCAUUCGGGAUGCUCAGCCGCACCAAUAUGGCUUUUUCGCCUCGGUGCCGUCCCUGUUCGAUACAGGGGCCGUCUUGAAGGAAAUCGACUACGCCUGCACCACUCUCCAUGCCGAUGGAGUCACUCUAUUUACCCGCUAUGGCAAGGGGCCCUAUUACCUAGGGCAUGCAGCCUUUCGACCCAUCUGGGCCGAUCUCAGUCGCCGCGGUGCCGUGGUCUUCAUCCACCCGACGCAUCCAGUUGAUACGCAGCUCGUCAAUACCUGGCUACCGCAGCCCAUGUUUGACUAUCCGCAUGAGACUGGCCGGGCCGCCAUGGAUUUGCUAACUAGUGGCAUUUUACGAGACUAUCCGGGAUGCAAGAUCAUCCUCUCCCACGCGGGCGGGACAUUGCCGUAUCUCAUCCAUCGGGCAGCUACUAUGCUGCCCUUGAUGCCACGCACGCUCGGUCUGUCAACUGAAGAGCUGGUAGAGGCUGCCCGGACCUUCUACUUUGACACGGCUAUCUCAUCAAACCCGGUCACGUUAAAGGCGCUGUUCGAGUUCGCUGCACCCGGCCAUGUGCUCUUUGGCAGUGACUUCCCAAAUGCACCGCAUGGUGCCAUCCAACGCUUCACGAACUUUCUAGAGGCGUAUGAGCUUCCGGACGAGACCAGGCGACAAGUGGAUAGCGGGGCAGCAUUGGAGUUGUUUCCGCGACUGAAGGGUAUCCCGGAUAAGGCGAGGCUCUGA